UUGUUGGAGCGACCGGGCCUCGCAGUCUUGUGGGGGAUUUCAGACAGUUUCAACUCAUCUUUGUGUUCUUGCACUGUUUUAGGGCGUCUCCUCACACCCUUUGUCCAUCUAAAGGAGGGUUGAGAUCUCUCAUGGUUGCCAUGUUUCCCCUGCAAAAACGCUUGGCUUCCGUCGCCAAAGUUACAGGAUCACUGCAGAACGAGAGUAUUGCCUGCUCCUGGACUGUUCUUCUCAUGGCGGCUUUUGUAAACAAAGAUGGGGGCCGGCUCAGAUCUGCCAUGAGCGCUCAGCACCUGGUAUGCUCUUCACUGCUUCUUGCGCUAUUGGUAGCGGACGUGGCGCUGAGUCCGACGUUGGGUGCCAGGUUGGGUCCCCGUCUGAGCACAACACCAAAGAACGUGGACCUGGCCGAACUGUGGAAGCGUAUGGCCCUCCUGCCGCACAGCAGGACGGGGUCUUCCAUGCCAUCGCUGUCCAUCGUUGGACCACUAGACGCCCUACGAAAUCAAAUAGCGCGGGACAUGGCACUGCGGAUGCGCACUGCCACCGCGCAGAAAAACCAGCAAAUUCUUGACAGGAUCGGCAAGCGCAGCAUGCCGACCUUCAACGACGAAGAGGCUUCAGCUCUGCUCACUUUUCCCAAACAGCAACAACAGCGGGUGGAUCAGUCUGCAUUCAGCUCACAGGAAUCCUAUUCUGAGGAACUGGUCUGAAACACACCAACUUCGACGCCACCUAGGGACUGUCCGGACUGCGAAGCCAGCAUGCAUCAGGAACCCACACGGCCUCCUCUUCCUAACUGUACAGAAGCCACCUGCCUCUUGCCUCCCAACGUCAUUGUACAUUUUGUCAGUGGCAUGCCAAUGCCAUGAUGCCAUCCCGAAGCGCCCUUGUUUAGGAUGUUUCUCAACUUUUAGGUGAACCGCACAAAUACACUACGAGGAGAACACUGGCAAACUUUUCUUGCGAUGAUAUGCAUCAUCUAGUGUCUAUGCUGCUGCCUUUGGGACAAAUUGGUCGACUUUUAUAUUAAAGAAGAAACCUUGAGAAAUGUUGUUCGGAGCUGCAACACCGUAGGGUCGUGGCACAUACCACAAAACAUGAUUUGAUUGCUAGGGAGGGAUCUACCCGAAUGAAAUAUUCUCUGUCCUUUUCAUACGUUGUUGUCGUGUCAUGUGGGUUCAGAAGUGGAUUUCGUAGUACGCAGAUUGUGUAUGCCGAAGGUUGCUGAUGCUUCCAUUAAUACCAAAUUCUAGGAUGUCGCAAUCUUUGCAGUAAUUUUAUACGCCAGGGAAGUUACGCAAAUUUCUCAACAGUGCGCAUUCAGCACAUCUGUUUCGCAAUGAAACGCCACUAUCAGCACUGUGAAAGAACCUGAGUGAGCGUAGAGGGCGGCUCCUAGGCUCACCCUCUUGCGGUAUGGACUUCGGGGUCGUUACACGCCACUAUACUGUCAUCUACCGGAAAGUGAACACCAGAGGUGCAUUCACAGGAGCGACUUCCCCAAGGAAUAUUCUACUGGACGAAAAUGAAAAACUGCUCACGGGUGGGUGGGGGGUGGAGAGAGACUCAGCCGCGUCCUAUGUUGAGCACUUGCACAUGGCGUUAGAAUAUCGGAAAUGGUGCACUGCACACAUGGUGAACGACACCAUCCGCACUGUCGUCUGCUACAGAAUAUCUUGUGGCUGAGCCGAAGGAUAUUACUCGUGGUUAGAAGAGAACGAAAAGACGUGAAGGUGAGCGAUUUGGCUCACGUGGCAGAGGAAAGCCAAGUUGUUUUGCGCAUCUUCCGCUGGCAGAUUCUGCGGAAUGUCGCUCCCAUAUGAAUACAUCGAAUGGCUGGCGUCCCGCUCUAAGGCCAUCGGAGGAACAAAAGUCGCUCAGGCGCCUCCCUCGCAGCAUCUGGGGCAGCGAUUUCUCUUUUUUGUUUUGUAUUAGGACAGUUUCAUUGCUCAUCCUUCAAUCGCAUAUGUUUAGUGUUACUUCUUAAGAUACGAACUACUCCAGAAACGGUGCAGGCCACGUAGCUUCAUGCACCUACGCAUGGCAGUAGUGUGUCAGGGUAUCAAUCACUUCUAUGAUGCCUCCAGGAAUGUGUUCCCUAUACGCGUUUUCCCAUGCAAGAAAAAAAUGACACUGACUUCCUUGACAAUUUCUUUAUCAACGAAAUCUGCCUGUGGAGGUGACUCAUUUUAUACCAGACCAUUCGGUCCUCAGGUAUUACCAGAUCACAGCGUUGCAGGAGAAUAAAGUGGAAGCUUAAUGAUGAUAAGUUUAUUGGUUUUAGAUAUCCUUCGGCGAUCCAACAAUCUGUCUACCUACUGCUUUUGAACCCCUUUCAUAAAAACGAACGAUCUGCCCUCUGGAGGGGCAGCUGUCGCCGCAAGGUGUCGUCUCUAGGGAACUUUCAACAAAAGGAAAAAGAAGACGCAACAUUCAGUUUUAUCUUAACAAAAUUUGAUGUCAUGCCCUGUUGACAUGACGUGAGAGUUAUGCAAAAUCGAACGCCUAUCCUGUCCAAGGGAAUCUGUCCUUGUAUUGUUGUUUACUGUUGCGUAGUGUAGAGCUGCAGGUAUGCCGGCACAGAUGACAUGAGAGCACCUAGUCUGCCAGGAACCAACUGGCAGAUAUACAAACCCACGAAUGCUCCGUAAAUUCCACCAUGGGUGUGUGUUUUCAUGGCAAGAAAUAUUUAUACAGUUGAUUCUCAGUGUUACUGGAGCGUUGCUCCGUUGCUCUUCCUCCCUGCGUUGCUCUUUCUCCCUGUGAUGCGCCCCUUCAUGUGCAUGCGAAUCCCAGUAAUUGCUUAGGUACCAGGACUGGACGGGUGAAAAUCAUGAAGGGUGGUGGCAGCGGUUGUCAUACCUGCAACGUGCCGUUGCUGGUCUAUGACUGGUAGGCGGCGGCGUCUCAAUUCUUACACGGACACGAGUAGUACGAGGUACGCUGCCGGUCAAGAUAUGCUACAGUGCCGUUUCACUGUGGGCAUUCCUGAUCAAAAAAUGCAUUUACGUUCCGCAUGCUAUUAAGCUGUGCGUAUGGGUAUGAUGUAUAAUGCGUGACGCUUUGCAAACUCCAGCUGACAGAGUGCUUAGGUUUAAGAGCUCAAUUAUCCAACUUUGUGGCCUAUGGUACCGAUAAAAGAACUCUAGUAUUGAUGCAUAGAGUUUGCAUUAUUCAAGUAUUUUUGGAUACCGCAAUAAAUCGAUCUGGCUUGGACAGUGCCCUAACCUUUGUGAAAGGUUAAACUGAAAAGGUGUAAGCUAAACAGGAGCUUUGAAAUAAAGACUGCUCUUAUCAACA